AAGCGACCUAAGCACCCUCGGUCUAAAACACUAUAAAUGGCACUACUCCACCGAAAACGCCAGCCCAGAGAUGGAGAACCCCGCGCAAGGUCUCCACGAUUUUCUACGGGGGUAUUUUCAUCUGAAGAGUGGAUGCUGGGAGGGGAAUGACCCUUCCAAUAUGGGACCUAUUUCCUCGUGGACGGGGGAACAGUUAGCCAGAAUGCCUGGGUAUUAUAUCAUGCCGGUGGGGUUGAGUAUGCCCGACACGGUGGAGGAGAUGAUGCGGCAGGCGGAUGUGGAGGGAGUAUCGAAGAGUAAGGAGUGGAUGAGUGAUGAGGAGUUGUCGGUGUAUGUUGGGGAAUAUGCGCGUACGGGGUUCCAGGGUGCGUUGAAUUGGUAUCGGGUGCGGACGACGCCGGGGAGGAAAUAUACGUGGGAUUGGGAGGUGUUUGCGGGCAGGAGGAUUGAGAUUCCCUGUGCGUUUGCCUCGGGGGAGAGUGAUUGGGGAGUGUAUCAGGAGCCUGGGGCGUUGGAGAAUAUGCGGAAUGGGACGAGUUGUGGGGAUUUGAGGGAGGUGAGGUUGAUUCCUGGGGUGGGGCAUUGGGCGCCGCAGGAGGCGCCGGGGGAGGUGGUAGAGGUCAUUUUGGGGGUGGUAGGAGGUAGAAGUGAGGAGUAG